GCAAAACAUCUGCCUCUGUUAUUCUAUUCUCUCUUUGUCCCUGCUUCUCUUCUCAUCUCCUCAAAUAUAAAGCUUUGCUUUCCUUAGCAACUCUAAUGGCAUCUUACACAGUGGUCAUUGUCCCUCUCAGGAACAGUCCUAACAGUCUGGAUGCAUUGCAGUUCUUCCUCUGGGUGAAGAAGAUGAAGGACUUGGAGAGGGAAAAGGACUUUUUGUGGAUUGGAUUGCAGGCUUUAGAGCAGGUGCGAGAGAAGUUAUGCUACAACCUAGAAGACAACAUGGAAGUGCAAGACCAAUUCAAGAAAGGAGAGAUGAGAAAAGUGUUUCUAGACACCCCCACCCUACUGUUGGCUCAGAUCCACAGAGUGAACAGGACCUUAAGGAAUCUACUUUGUGACUCCAGGAAUCCAAUAGAAGGUACUGAAGGACACCAGCCCUCUCCUACCUGUUCAGAAGAAAGUGCUAGUUUUUAAACAGCUAUUUGUUUUGAAAUUCUGUAUUGCAUUUUCCUGUAUUUUGUGCUUGUAGAAUGUAUUCUGAGUGGAUUGAAAUAAUAAGUUUCUGUGCAAUAAAUGAAAAAUUGCCUAA